CAGGAACGAAACUCAGGGAGAACAAAAUGUGAGCCGUGUGGAGAAGGAACAUAUCGGAAUGAUGCUAUGACAAGCUGUGAGACAUGUGACGCUGGAUUGACACCAAACUCUGACAAAACAGCCUGUGAGUCAUGUCCAGCUGGAAGCUACAAGAACAUUGAGAUGAACACAUGUAAAGAAUGUCCUGAUAACACGAUCAGUUCAGAAGGAGCAGCCUUGUGUACAACUUGUGAACUUGGCCAGGAAAGAAACUCAGGGAGAACAAAAUGUGAGCCGUGUGGAGAAAGAAAAUAUCGGAAUGAUGCUAUGACAAGCUGUGAGACAUGUGACGCUGGAUUAACACCAAACUCUGAUAAAACAGCCUGUGAGCCAUGUCCAGCUGGAAGCUACAAGAACAUUGAGAUGAACACAUGUAAAGAAUGUCCUGAUAACACGAUCAGUUCAGAAGGAGCAGCCUUGUGUACAACUUGUGAACUUGGCCAGGAAAGAAACUCAGGGAGAACAAAAUGUGGUAAGAAUUGUUAA